AUGAUUAUUAGUCUUAUAGAGACCUUUCCAAAACCGGUGCCUUUUUUUCAUUUUGAGCCGAGGCCCCACCACCCGGAGCGCUUCGAAGCCCUCGGCGCGGCGCUGCGCCGCGGCCGCCUCGUGGCAUUUCCCACGGAGACGGUGUAUGGCUUGGGAGCCAACGGUUUGGACCCGGAUGCAGUGCUGCAGAUCUUCGAAGCGAAGGGCAGGCCAUUGACAGAUCCCUGCAUCCUGCACGUGUCCAAGGCUGCAGAUGCGCAUGCGCUUCUGGACCUGGAUCCGGGUGCCAGAGCUGUCUUCGAUGUGCUCACGAAGGAGUUCUGGCCGGGACCCCUCAGCAUCGUGGGCCCUGCUCGCCCGGUGGUUCCUCCGCAGGUGACAGCCAGCACUGGCUUCGUGGCAGUGCGCUGCCCGUCCCAUCCCCUUGCAAGGCAGUUGAUCGAAGCCGCCGGUAAACCGCUGGCAGCGCCUUCUGCAAAUCGUUUCGGCCAUAUUUCGCCGACGCUUCCCGACCACGUGCUUCAGGACUUACAGCACGUGCCGUUCCUUCAGAUCCUGGAUGGCGGACCUUGCAAUGUUGGCAUUGAGUCCACCGUGGUGAAGCUCGACCUCGCAAGUUCGGCGAAAUCAUUGCUGCUCUUGCGACAAGGCGGUUUGCCGCGCGAGCGGUUGGAGUCCUAUCUGGGAGAGUGCUUUCGACGCGGAGAGCUUCAGGAAAGCAUCUCUGUGGUGUCCAUAGCGCGAAAGCCGAGGUCGGACCCAGUUGUCAAGCCAGAUGACGAGGCGCAAAUGGCACCUGGCAUGCUCCUGAAGCAUUAUGCGCCAUCUGUGCACACCGUGCUUCUUUCACCCAUCUCUUCGCGCGAUGGCGGGCUUGAAAUACCCAGCCCGCCACAUCGAAGCGUGCUGAUUGACUUUGGUGGAAGACGAGCAGAUCACCACGGGCUCUUCCUGAAGGUCUACGAGCUCUGUGAUGAGGAUGGAGCAGCUGGCAAAGGGACAGCUGAGGACGCCUGCAGGCAUGUAUUCGCCACUCUGCGAGCCGCCGAAGCAUUUGCGAUUGCGGAGAAGGUGGAGCUCAUCUGCCUUGCAGAUUUCGAUCCGGAAGGCUUGGGAGGAUACGCUGAGGCUUUGCACGACAGGUUGUUUCGAUCUGCUUCGGGCAGACGCGCCGUGCUGCGUAAGUCCUCAGUUUCUCCCGACAACUUCAGACUCUGGUCACGAGGAGACCUUGGAACCUGGCUGGUCGAACACACGCCCCCGGGCAUGAACUUCGACCAGGUCAUGGACAACUUCUGUGGGACAGUUGCAGCUGGAUGCGUUGCAUCUUAUGUCUUGGGUCUGGGCGACCGGCACUUGGAGAACAUCUGCCUCACAAAGCAGGGGCAGUUUUUCCACAUCGAUUUCGGAUACUUCCUGGGAGAGGACCCGAAGCCUUUCGCACCGCAGGUCAGGCUUCCGGCCCAAGUCGUACUGCACUGA